AUGGAAAUGUCUUGCUUGGAUCCCUUUUUGUGGAUAGGGGAUACUAACGCGGAUUCCACACGUUGGGCAGAUGCCUUCUCUAAGAACGUUCAAAUAGUAGACAGAGUGGCUUUACUAGCUGUAGAGUUCCAUUUCGGGUUGCGCGGAAGCGAUAAGCCCAUGCCGCGCGGCGAUCACACACCCCCCGCGUGUCCAGUGAGUGGUAGUCGCGGUCGCGCGCCACACUUGAAGCGACUAGUGAAUAAUUCUUCAGAAUGA